AUGGCCGUAUCACUAUUAAAGACUAUUGCGCUCUCGAGCUUUGCUGCCUCGUUUGUCGGGGCUCAAACCGCCAUCACGAUUGACGCCUCCACGACGUACCAGACCAUUGACGGAUUCGGUUUCUCUCAAGCCUUUGGACGCGCCACUGAAUUCAAGAACGCCGCAUCGGCAACUCAAAAGACGGCGCUUGAUUACCUGUUCAGCACCAGCACUGGGGCAGGAUUUUCCAUUAUUCGCAAUCGCAUAGGAUCGGGCGGGUCAGGCGACAGUAUUGAGCCGGUCAGUCCGGGGUCUCCUUCGAGCACGCCGAGUUAUGUCUGGGAUGGCAAUGAUGCGGGACAGUUCUGGUUUACGCAGCAGGCCAUUAGCUAUGGUGUCAAAACCAUCUAUGCAGAUGCUUGGAGUGCACCCGGGUUCAUGAAGACAAGUGGCAGCGACACCACGGUUGGCUAUCUCUGCGGCACCACGGGAAAUACCUGCAGUACAGGCGACUGGAAACAGGCCUAUGCCAAUUUCUUGGUGCAGUACGUCAAGUAUUACGCCGCGCAGGGCAUUACAGUGACGCACGUCGGCCCCUUGAACGAGCCAGACUGGACUGUAUCAUACUCACAGAUGCAAAUCUCCACUGAUGCACACGAAGCAAUCGAAUUCCUGCCCAUCUUGUACAACACCAUCAAGAGUGCCGGCUUGUCGACCAAAGUUGUCUGCUGUGACUUUUUGGGCUGGAAUAAUGCCGCCACCUAUGCAACCAAGCUAGUCGAUGGAGGCGCAACUCAGUAUAUGGCCAUUCUUUCGUCGCACGCCUACUCGGGUGAUGCCACGAGUCCCAUUACGGCCACAUCUCUGCCCAAAUGGAACACCGAGGCCGGCCCCAGCAGCGCCUUCACCACGACCUGGUACAGCAGCGGCGCCGAUAACGAAGGCUUCACCUGGGCGACCAAGCUGGCCAACGCCAUGGUCAAUGCGCAGCUGUCUGCCUACCUCUUCUGGGAGGGGUUCGAGAUCCAGGAGACGCAGUCGGCUUCGCAUCUAGUCGACGCGACCGACGGCACCAACCCCGUGCCUUCGGGCAUCUUUUGGGCCUUUGCCAUGUGGUCGCGACACAUUCGACCGGGCGCCGUGCGCAUCGGCUCCUCGGGCACUAUGACCAGCACUACCAUUGGCGCGUUCAAAAACACGGACGGCAGCAUCGUGGUUGUUUUUACCAAUGCCGGCUCCAGCGCGCAGAGCGCCGCCCUGAGCUUUUCCAGCUUUACCCCAACGGCGGCGAGCGCCUGGCAGACCAGCCAAGGGUCCACGUUUGCGAGCACCACGGCCAGCUUGUCUGGGGGCAAGGUGACGGUCAGCGUGCCUGCGCAUGGCGUCGUCACGGUCAAGUUGACGGGCGGUGCAUCAUCGGGAACCACCACGAGCAGCGCGGGAACCACAGUCGUGACCAGUACUGUUGCGGCCACGACCACGUCGGGAAGUGGUUCUGGCUGCUCUGUUGCGAAAUAUGGCCAGUGUGGUGGUAGUGGGUACUCUGGUUGCACAGCGUGCGCUAGUGGAAGCACUUGCACUGUCAGCAACACUUAUUAUUCCCAGUGCCUCUAG